CGACGUCACGGACCGGCGGGAAUGCGGUCGUCAGAUAGGGCACAACCGGUGAGUUCCUGUUGCGGUCGGACGACUCGAGUGGGGGGAAACGUUCGACGGCGACGCGAGCGCCGGCCAGUACCGUCGCCCGCUCAGUCAGUUUUCGAUACCGGUUCGUAUCGCCGUCUUCGUGUGUUCCGCGCUCGACAAUAUUAUUGUGUGUGUUGCGUCUGUGCGCUCGCGAGUGUGAUCCGUCGUGAAGAUGAUGUUUUGUUCGCGUCGACGACGUGCGUGAUCCAUUUACGAUACUUAUAGUGCGCGAGUGAAUCAGUAAUAUUAUUAUUAUCAUAACUCGUACGACUUGUUCGGAUUUUUGGUGCGCAAUAUCGACAUGUCGCCGUCGUCACAGUUAUAAUAACUGUGCCCAGAAUCCGGACUUGGCGAUAUCGAAAAGCGUGCGCCGCGUAUAAUAUUUUUAAUAUUACAUUAUUUAAAUUUCUCGUCUGUGCGGGUUAGUCGCGAUCGCGAAAAUGUGGCGGUUUAGCGGCGGUCGCAGUGCGCGGUUCUUGGCCGCGGCGGCGUUGCUGGCGCUGGUGGUGCCGUCCGCGGUCCGGUCGUUCGAGGGCUGCCCGGCCGUGUGCUCCUGCAAGUGGAAAGGCGGCCGGCGGACGGUCGAGUGCGCCGAUCGCGCGCUGAUCACCGUGCCGACAGGUGUGGACGCGGACACCCAGGUGUUGGACCUGUCCGGAAACAAUCUGCAGAUCCUGCCCAACGAGACGUUCUACAAGGCGGGCCUGGCCAACCUACAGAAAGCGUACCUGCGCAACUGCCGCAUCGGGCAGAUCGAUGAGAGCGCGUUCCGCGGUCUGACCAACCUGAUCGAGCUGGACUUGUCCAACAACAUGCUCACGUCCGUGCCGUCGUACGUGUUCCGGGACGUUCCGUACCUGCGUGACCUGUCUGUGGCCGGCAACCCCAUACAAAAGAUCGAAGCGCACGCCUUCUCCGGCUGUCCGUCCGUCGUCAAGGUGGACGCGUCCAACUGCGGGCUCCAGUCGGUGGCCGGUCUCGCGUUCAGCGGCGUCGUCCGGCUGGAGACGCUCCGCAUCAACGGCAACCGGCUGACUGAGUUGUCGGCCACCGUGCUCGAGUCGCUCAACAAGCUCCGGUCCAUCGAGCUGCACGACAACCCUUGGGUGUGCGACUGUCACCUGCGGCCUAUGAAGCUGUGGCUGGCCGGCAACAACGUGCCGUAUAGCCAACCGGCUCUGUGCUCGGGAGGCCCCGACAGGCUGUCCGGCAAGCCGCUCACCGAGCUAGACGUGGAGGACUUCGACUGCCGACCAGAUGUGCGCGCCGAGUCCCGGUACGUAGAGGUGACCGAAGGCCACAACGUGACGGUCCGGUGCCGGGUCGAGCCUGGUUCGAUGGCACACAUUGCUUGGUACUUGAACGGCCGCCGGUUGCAGGGCGCCGGUACGCCGGCCGUCGGAUAUCCGGGCGCCGCGUCCGCCAAUCCACGCAUGUUCGUCGUGGACGGCGUGGACGAGGAGGACGGCGGUCGCCGGAGCGAGAUGACGCUGACGGACGUGCGGCGAGAAGACGCAGGCCAAUACUCGUGUCUGGCCGAGAAUCGGGCCGGCAACUCCGAAGCCAACUUCACCGUUUACGUGACCGACCGGCCGUCCGUUAUCAUGUCAACAUUCGGUUCGGCGCACGUGAACGGCGUGGCCGCCGCUAUGGCCGCGCUCAUCGUUUUCAUACUGGUGUUGAUCGCGUUGACCGUAAUGCGCAUCCGGCGGUCCGGAUAUCCGGCCGACACCAAACCCACGGAAGUGGCUGGAAAUCGCAGCGGCGGUGUUAGCGGCAAACCCGGCACAGGUUCGAUGGCCAUGCACGGUGGCGGAGCGACUUUGGGACGCGGCGGGGGAGGAUACGGAAACGGCGGGAUGUUGACCGGGGGAGGGAAGACCAAUCCGGCGCUGGACAUAUCGUCCGUGAUCGAGCGGAACUACGACCCCGACCUGGAACCCGGGCUGGGAUCCGUCUGCACACCUACGGGAUCGUAUCACGUAUCCGGACUGGACUUGAUACACGACCACGACGCGUCCCGGUUGGAGAUGUGCGAUUCGCCGAUGUCUUCGACCGCAAAACCUCCACCGUCUUAUUACAGCGGUGGCAGGACCGCGUCCAGUGGUGGAAACGUACGCCCGUACGAUGAUCGGACGCCGAUUAUCGGCACCGGAAGUGCGGGCGACGCGUACAGCGUGGGCACCGGAUCCGACGAAGUGUUCUCGUACAACAGCCAACAGCAGUUGCACUACGGCGGCGGUCAUUACGGCCAUCAACAACAACAAGCCGUCGGCGGCGGGAGCGUCAACAGCGAUUACCCGGCCGACUACGGUCUGCCGAUCAUACCGACCGGCCAUCACCUCAACCAGUCUUCGACCAACGUGUCUCAGUACGGUCAUCAUCCGCAACAGCACCCCCAACAACAACAUCAUCAACAACAACAACCAUCACAACAACAUCAUCAACAACAACAACCAUCACAACAUCACCAGUUCUACAACAACCAUCUCCAACACCAGCAGCAGCAGCAGCAGCAGCAGCAACAUCAACCGGAAUACGUCCAACAACAGCAAGACGCGUCUCAGCAACCGUCGGUCAAGACCCUGCGGGUGUGGCAGAGGGGCGUACCGGUGUUGCCCACCACGCCGUCCCUGCAGAGAUUCGCCAACAGGACUUCGCCCACCACUCCCGGCACCGACGUCUGAGAGUAGUACUCGAUUCGAGUCGACCCGGGUUCGUUGUUGUUAUCCUUCCGACACCUGUAGUACACCGUAAUGUUAAUCUCUCAUGUUGUACCGUUGUUUCGUUUUAUUUCAUGACGUCGCGUUUCGUUACUCUUCUGCGAUUUUUGUUGUUGUUGUUUUGUUGUUAUUGAUGUAAUAUGGUUAUUAUGUUGUUAUUUUUAAUUGCGUGCUAGGCGUGUGACGCAACCGCGAUGACCCGAAACGGACGAUUUUUUUUCCAUCCAGACAAUUCUCCAGCCGACACCAGCUGGACUCGCGACCAAAGUCUAUGACCGACCAUCGGUAGAACGACCUUUUCAAAUCGUCUGCCGCGUGAA